GCUUUUGACAGUUCAUUCAUUGUGAUGAUAAGGCUCAUAAUAGUCGAACUCUUCAGAAGGAAAAAAAAACCUUUCGUCAAAUAAUGAAUUUUUAAAGUCCACCAGAAAUAUCGUAGCGUAGUUUGCCUUUUAAAUCAAUUUAAUCAGGAGACCAACAAAAAAUAUGCUGUGUUCAAAUGUUUGAUUCAAGGAAAAGUUUAUAGUUUAUGGGGACUCUACUGAGAGACGACAUGGUGCAAACUAAUAAAGCAAUCAACAAUGGAUUAUGGCACAUCAAUUUACAGGAAUUUGUGUGUGGAUGGGGUGCUUCAUUCAUUAACAUCUCCGUCACAUAUCCCGUGUACAAAAUUAUGUUUCGACAGAUGUUGCAUGGUGUUGAGAUAAAAUCAGCUGUUCAAGAGCUACGGCAUGAAGGUUUUGCAUUUCUUUACCGUGGCAUUUUGCCACCACUUGCACAACGAACGGCUUCUUUGUCGCUUAUGUUCGGGCUGUACGAUGGAACCAAGCGUCCACUAGUCAAACUAGGACUUAACGAGUAUUUGGCGAAGGGUAUUGCCGGAAUUACUGCUGGUACGGUUGAAGCAAUCCUGAUGCCAUUCGAACGGAUUCAAACCCUUCUUGCCGAUUCACACUAUCAUACUCACUUUAAAAACACAUCGCAGGCAUUUCAUUACGUGUGUAUGAACUAUGGUUAUGGUGAAUUGUUCCGUGGCAUAGCUCCGAUCCUCCUGCGAAAUGGCCCAUCCAAUGUACUUUUCUUUAUACUGCGUGAAGAAGCGGCUGCAAAUCUUCCGAAACGUGAUGAUCGUGUGACUCAAUCGGUGCAGGAGUUUUUGUCGGGAGCAUUUAUUGGCGCCUUUCUUAGUACGUUAUUCUAUCCGUUAAAUGUUCUCAAGACAAAGAUGCAGGCCACAUUAGGUAUACCGAACCAAAGUAUGAGCGAAGCAUUUAGAAUAUUGUAUGCGGAACGUGGUUCAAAGAUGCGUAACGUUUACAAAGGCUGCGGUAUCAACGGUACGAGAGCGUUUGUUUCGUGGGGCAUCAUAAAUGUAUCGUACGAAGGCAUUAAGCGACUCUUUUUCUGAGCUGAUUAUUCAAAAUGGACAAUAACAAGUGAACGUUUAGUAACUAUGAUAGUAUGAUAUUCUGGAUGCACAAAAUAUAUGUAAAUGCCUUGAAAGCCAAUGCAUCGUGUGAUUACUUGAGAACAAUGAACCGAUCAUCAGUUUUUCAAUUAAAUUCGAAUUGUUGACAACUGCCCUUAGCUAAUAAGGAUCCAAGUGAUCGAGUAAUUAUACACAAAACAGAUACUAUUUGGAUAUGUGUGAUAAACGCUACCGAAAUUAAUUUUUUAAAUAUCUUUUAGUUAGUGUAAACAUCGUUUUUAAACAUCAAUUUCAAUCAGUUACCAGCAUACAGUCAACGGAUACGUUAUCCAAACUUCUACCUACACGAAUAAAUUUAAGUUCAAUGUUUUUAGUUGUAUCUAUGACUGAUUCUUUUUUCGAUUGGCAUGCAUAAAAAUAAUUUGCGAAUGUAAAUCGCAAUUUGAUCAGUUUCAAAACAUUUGAUGUUUUUGCUAUUGUUUACUUCUAAAUUUGCUUCCCAAACACUCUGUCAUUGUAAAUACUUUUCAUUUGUCGGAAUGAAAUUGAUUGAGAUAAUCACCUCAUUAAUAAUAAUGAUUAUUGGAGAAUUGACUGAAAUAAAGAAAAACAUAUUCAAAA